AUGAUGCUAGGCCUAAUGGUCGACCCCCAACCGCCGAAGCGGCCGCGUAGACAAGGGUUGAUACCCAUCGUGGCACCAGAAGGUCUACCACCGAUUAACAUUCUCGAGAUGGCUAGGAAGAUCGUGUUGGAUGUCCCACUGUUGGAUCUGAUGCAAUUGAGCCCUGAGUUCUUAAAAGCCCUGAGAUCCAUGUCCCAACGGGUUGUGGUGAAACGACCCAAGAAAGACAAGGGAAAAGGCAAGAUUGCAGAAGCACACUCAGUCCAGAUUACACUGAAUGCAGCGGGUCACAUCACGACAACUAAUGACCCAACGUCAAACAUCCGCUUGUUCUCCAAGCGAUAUGCGGCAAUAAGACCGUUCAGAGUGGACUGCAUAGUUAUGACGGCGAGUACCAAACACUAUGUACUAGACAACGCAGCCCAGGCGGACCAAGGUUCGGAGAUGAACAUCAUCUCACCCAAAUUGGUGAAGCAGUGCGGUCUCAUCUAA